UGUCUGUACUUUUGCAACCUCUGGUGUCAUGUCGAAGGAAGGUCUCACCAUUUUAGGCACCAAAGGACGUUUCGUCUGACGAGCAAUUACGCAUGCGCUGUGUCGUCGCCGACUGUCGACGUCGGCCUUUCCAUAAUGUUCCCGUCCACGCGUAAGGUAACACUUAAUCGAACCAAAUUGAAAGAUACCACCUGCCCCAACCCGAUGCCGCCACGAAGACUGAAAAAGCCGUCAGAGGUUGGGCGUGACAGGACGUUCCACAUAAUGGAGCCGAGUAGCGGGCCGCAACAAGCGGAGGAAACGGCCAGGUGUAGCCCAGGCUUUUGCCAUAACAGGGGGAGGAGCUCAGAUCAAAAUAUAAAUCCGAUCCCUACCUCCCCUGCCGGUUCAGAAGCCUCCUUGAAAAAAAUUGUUCGAUCCUCUGCCUGUGAGCUAUGUGGUGACUGUAAAAUCAUUUCUCCGAGGAGGAGGAGGACACUGGUCAGGCAGGGGCCCCAAAAAUUGGCCCCUUGCUCAGAACAGCACAAAUCCAUUCAAACAAGAAAGAAAGUCCUGGACCUCACCGUCAACCUUUGUGACGUCGUCCGAAUGUCUGGCGCAAGGUGCUACGAUUGUGGCUUUGUGCUACCACAUGAUCUCGAGACCGAGACUGUUUAUUGCUUUAAAGAGGACAUAACAGCCGCUGGAUUGCAGCUCAGGUCCUGUUGUUCAGGCCACCAGAAAGAUGGAAGUGACGAGCACCAGCGCGUUGAGUCCGACCCCGGGACAUCAUGUGACACCAUCGGAACAGAGAUAUCCGGGGGCAAAACAUAUCACAACAACACUGAGUUUCUCACGCAUCGUGCAACACCGAGAGUUACUCCAGAUGUGGAAACCAAGAAUCCCAACUGCCUCUCAAAUGAGCAAACACCAUGCGGGACUUCAAACAGUCCCAGUCAGCCGCGUCCAGAGUUUACGGUCGGGAUGUGCAAUGAAGUGGGAGACGGACCCGAAAUGUGCGCCAUGCCAGAGGAGACGCCGGGAUUAAUGGAUGAUGACCCAGGGUCCUUAACCUGCCAGAGAGUGAGGCUCUAUGUUUGGAAAAGAAGGAGUUCCUGCGCACGCACUUAUAUCGUCUGGCACAACAAGCAACUGGUUGUGAGUGGAUUCAUGAAGCCGGAUACCCACACGAGUGACUUUGCACAAACAGAAGAAAUCCCGCCUGUUUCUCAUACUCCAAGAGAGCCGUCACCCUCUUUCGACACAAGCGGUGACGCCGGCGAUCGCGUUGACAGCGGGCGUGUGGAAGAAACGGAUGAAAAGGCCACUGGGGUACGAGGUAACGCGCAACAACUCGAAUCGGAACAGACCAUGAGCACGGACCGUCCGCCGGACGCUGCCGAAUGCGGCCCUCCCCUCGGCAGUUCUGAUCAUGACGAUGAUGAAUCCUUCAACGGCGAGUGCCGGUCGCCUUCCCCUAGCGACCCGGGAUCACCAGGAUCGCCGCCGUCUGAGCUCGCAGACGGUGAACGCCGUCCAACCCAAUCCGGGACAGGCGGUGGCGCUCAUUUGGGCGUUUUGGACGAGUUCACGGCAUAUCAACGUGACAUCCUGCUUGUGGAUGUGGACCGCGACGACUCGGAGCUCUUUGACGGCGUACCCCAGGAGAGUCUGCUGAAACUGGGUCCCAACAGAGCUCACGAAAACCCAAAGACUUUGACCACAUAUGGAGCGUCGCAGACUUUCAAACAAAGUUGGACCCCAGUUAAUAUAAAUCGUCCGUGCGACAGUUCAGACAACGAGGAGAACCCGAGCAGGCCCUGGCGGCCUAAGAAGAGCGACGCUUCUCCCAAAAGCCAAAGCAACCUAUUAGGAGAAGAAAACGGCACCGAACCAACGGUGCUUGAACAGGGCACAUCUUAUGCCGGCAGAGAUCAUAUAAGCGGAGACAUCCAGGAAAGGAACGCGCAAGUGGAGGCCGAGAGCGAAUGGCGUCACCCCGUCCCUCCACUUGGGCCGGUGUGGAAGGGUCCGUCCAUGCCAAACACUGCAAACAAGUGUGAUCCGAGGUGUCCCAAAAUUAAUUUCUACUGCAGCGUGUUCUUCGGUGGAUCGCUGUCCUGUAACGACAACAUAUGCCGCUUUCUGCACGUGCCGAUGAAAGGCGACGAGAAGUUCUGUGUCAACACGGUGUCACGCUUCACCAAAAAUCCAGUGUGCCUCCAGAAAGCAGGGGAUUUGUUCGCAAGCUACUACCAGCACAACCCCCCCGGAAUGUUUUUCUCCGUGCCCGUGUUUCUCUCCCUCCUCUGGACUCUCCUGAAAGCAGACCUCGUACCUGAUGUUCUGUCGGUGCUCAGUGUGGCCUUGGCUCAUAAAAUCGUGCCUACUCAUGAGUUCCUGCUCGCUCUUUUCACCUGUGUGAGAGAAAAAGGCUUCGCAAGCGGUGUGCCUCGCCUCAUGCAGCUAACAUACAAGAUGGCCAGUGAGAAUUUAAUGCUGAGCUUGGAUUGCUUCGAUGGUAUUGAAAACAUUCCUGAAUACCAGCAGAUCAUUGAUCCAAACGUGCCUGAUUAUCAAAGACCAUCUGUGUCCGACGGCGUGCCCAUUUCAUGCUCCUUGAUCUUGGCCCAUGUCAUUGUGGAGAUGGAGCUUUGUACCGAGCAAGAGAACUGGCGCUGCCUGGGGAAAGCCUUUCGCUCCAUUUGCACACCCUGCCAACAUCCCAGCCAAGUGGAGCGCAUCAGCGGGAACGUUGCUGUCGCUCUUCUGUCCAAGACCAGAGACAAGUUGUCUGUGCCGUUUGUGGCGUUUGCUGAGACAAUUUGUCCCACUGAAGAUCCAAACUCCCCGUUGAUGGGUUUCAUUGGCAGAAUUGGAGUCUCUCUCAUGCAAAGAUACCAUAAAACUCAACAGUGGGCCAAGGGUCGGAGGCUGAUGGAGGCGCUGACCCGGUUUAAGAUCAACUACUCGAUGCAGAGAGGUUUGUUUGUGAAUGAGGACGGCAGCUCACGCUGCAACCUGAUCACCUUGGCAGCAGAGCUCUUCCUCCUCGGCGGCAGCGUGGAAGGAGCUCUCCGAACUCUCCGAGAAAGCAAAUGGUUUGUGAGUUCAAACGUUUGGCCGUGUAAGCAGCCUGACCUGGAGAGAAGAAGCCGCGUACUCGCCCAUCUGGCUGAGAAAGCCUCACACAGAGACGCAUUAGAGGUCCUGCGGAAUCUCCCGGGAAUACAAAAGCCCAACGACCAGGUUGACAUCUCUAAGUACACCCCCUUGUUUAAUACACACCUGCAAGUGUGUGUGGACAGACUUGUGCUCCCCGUGGCCUCAGACUUGGCGUACUUAAUGCUUUCCAGAAAGGUACCAGUAGAUGGCGCUGUGCUGCGUGCGCUUUUGCACAAGCUCGGGAAACAAAACCAUUGGCAACGUGCGCGCGAACUCUUCAGGCACUCUCUAACCGCUGGCCAUUACCCAGCUGUAUCGGCCCCCGCUGGGUUCAUGUCCCUGAUCGUUCCCAGUCAACUGGGGGAGGUGGAACUAUCUCUCACAUUUGAGAUGUUAAUCACUGUCAAUGCUUCAUUCAUUCUCCCCCUUCCUGAGAUGACAACCACCACCCUCAACAUCAUCCUGAAAAGGAGUCAAGAGAGCGAGAGAGAGUACCUCUCAGCUGGUAGCCGCCUGCUCUUAGCGGCCCUCAUUCCUCAGCCCAAUCUGGAGGUCCACUACACUACUGUAAACUCCUCACGGGAACAAGUCUUCACACUUAGCGUUGCCUCGGCCCUACGAUGGCUGCGUAGAAAUCAUACGUGGGCAAACAAGAUGUGGAGUUAGUUAGUUUAUAGAGUAAGUUUAAAAAAAAAAAAAGAAUUUCAUAAAGUAAGUGUAAGCGUUAUGGUUUUGACAAUAGUGUGACUGCUUUAUAGUAUGAGCUAUGUAAGUACUGUUACUGUACUUUGUAUAGUUUUGUUUAUAAUACUUUUAGAAAAUGUUUUCAAUGUUCGUGUAUAAAGUUCUGUUCCACAAUGGU